AUGGCUCCGGAACAAGACGAGGCCGUCACGGCCGGACGACUACCGCUGCACUUCACUGCUGGUGAUUUAGCAAACACGUUGACGGAGGCCAAUCGAGCGAUGGGCGACGAAGGUGGCAACGACGAUGCGAGAAUUGUUCGCUGGCAAGAAGACGAAGAAACGAGUUCCUGGAAUAUGCACUCCAUCACGAUCCAGAGCCCGUACAUUCGACAGGUUCUUCACAAAGUCUUCGAAGACUAUGCAGGUGUGAGCACUGAACUGAAGGAUCUCACUUUCCGAGCACCUUUCCACGAGUUCUUCUUCCGGUGGCAGAAGUUCCAAAACUUGUUGCGUGAAGAACAGGACGAGAAGGUCAAGGAGCAUUGCGAAGUCCUUGUUGAAGCCUUGAAGGACCAACUCAAGCCUCAUCUGGACCGUACCGCCGAUCUUCGCAAACAUGGACUGGUUAGCUUCGACUAUCUUUGGGCUCUGUACGAACCAGGUUGCGAAGUCUACGCCAAGACCGACGAAGGAGAGCGGCUGUACAUUGUGAAUGACUCCUACGUCACAAAGCAGAACAAUGCCGAAGUUCAUAUCGUGCUGUGCCGAUUCAUCGAGUUUGAUGGCGACAAGCUUGGUUUCGACACGGCAAGACGUAAGAUCAGCCCGUUCAAGGGCGUAAAAGCUGUCACCGACCUGCCACUCUACCCAAGCAAGGCACAUCCCGAUCUCGACGGCGUUCGCGAACGACUCGAGCGGCGAGGCCGCAAGUUCCUGGAGCACUGUGGUGUCCGCUACAAGCAAUACUCGGGCUUCUUCUUGACCUAUGAUGGCAGCAUCUUCGGGCCCAAGAAGCAGCAUAUUGGUACAGGCAGAAUAGUCAUUGACGUUCAAUCAUUCGCACAGGAGAAUUACAGCGAUUCGCCAACGGAUCUGGACCCUUUGAGCAACGCCCUCCUUGUCUACUGCAGUCCUAUGGUUCGUGGCUUCAAUCUUUCUAACAAGAAAUGGGCUGGUUUCUUCGUCGACUCAAUUCAUGAGAUCGAAUGGAGCGUGCACGCUUUCGACAAGUUGCUACUCCGUCAACAGUACAAGAAGAUGAUUUUGGCUUUCGUGAAGAGCCAUCUCAGCUCUGUCGACGACUUCGACGAUGUCAUCAAAGGCAAAGGCCAGGGUUUCAUCAUGCUGCUCUGUGGCGAUCCUGGAGUCGGCAAGACGCUUACCGCCGAAUCAGUGGCCGAAGAAAUGAAGCAACCACUCUACGCCAUGACGGCCGGUGAGUUAGGCAGCACUACUGACGACGUAGAGACUUCCCUCCAGAGGGUGCUCAAUCUCUGCGCCAAGUGGCACGCAGUGCUUCUGAUGGACGAGUGCGACGUCUUCCUCGAGCAACGCUCAGCCACCGAUCUUGAACGUAACAAGCUGGUGUCAGUGUUCCUCCGCCUGCUGGAGUAUUAUAAGGGCGUGAUGCUCCUCACCACGAAUCGCGCGUCCGCCGUGGAUCCCGCGUUCCUUUCUCGCAUCCACCUCUCCAUCAACUACCCCAACCUGGACGGCAAGGCACGAAAACAGAUCUGGCAGACGUUCGUUCAGCAACAGGCCAACGACCAGGUGAAUGCUCAGCCGAUCACCGACUCCCAAUUGGACACUCUCGCCGAAUUGAACUUCAACGGCCGAGAGAUCAAGAAUAUCGCGAGGUCAGCUCGUCUCCUUGCCGCGCAGGACAAUGUGCCCCUUGGCUAUGAGCAUCUGCAGACGGUGCUUGAUGUCAAGACGGAUGCUGAUGCUGCACGGAUCGCUUGA